GUAGUGUAACAUGAAUAUGUGGAUGUGUAAUCAAUGUUUAUCUAACAAUAUGCUAAUUAUUUGUAACAUUCUUAUAUUAGUGAAAAGUGAGAGGACAAAAAAAUAUUGACAAACAGCAGCUGACAUGGAAGAACACAGUCUUUGGUUGAAAAUGUACCUAAUGUAAGUGAGUGUGUGUGUAAAUGUGUUCCUUCUUCUUCCUCUAGUUCUCUUUCCUCUUCCUGCGCACUUGAGCUGUGAGUGGGCUGGGGGUGGAGGGAGGCGGGCAGAGCCCCGAGGCCGAGCCCACUGCCGCCCGUGACUGUCUAUCUCAGAACAGACGCCAGCAUUUAGUCAUUCUUCAUGAAUGCCGCGCGUAAAGUCUCUCACACAUUGAUCCGUUGAAGACCUCUUUAGCCGUGGACCACAGUUGGAUCCACUGUAUCUCCGAGUUUCCCACGGAGCUCCAGGAACACGACCUCGUUCCACUGUAUUUCCCUCUCUCUCCCUCUCUCUCUCUUUUGGCUGCGCGUCGUGGCCGCAGGAAACUUUUACGCACAGAUAUUUAACACUAAAAAGGACAAUGCCUCGGUCUUUCCUGGUCAAAAAAUACUUCGCCAAACAAAAGCCAAACUACAGUGAGCUGGAAUGUCAGAAUGACACCUCACUGGAAAGGUUUCCUCUGGUUGAGCUGUCGGCAGGAGACAACACCUCUGCUGUAACCUGUCUAACAGCAGGUCUGGUGUGGGACCUCAGCGUGCUGCCUGCCCUUUACAUGUCCACGUCCCAAGCGGAGCCCUCGGCCACACCAGGACCCCUGGACCUCAGCUCACCAUCUAGCCUUAGCAGCAGCGCCAGCAGCAGCGGAGAGGAGGAUGAGGGGCGUACGUCGGACCCCCCCAGUCCUGAACCUGUUCGCACGUACGUCCCUCGACAGAGGAUGAAAUGCACCGGUGUCAUGGCUCAUGUCAGUCCCCCAGAGGAGGAUGAGGAGAGAGAAGCUCCCGUGACAGCAGCAGCGGCGGCGUCAGCGUCAUCAUCAUCGUCAGUAUCGUCAACCAGGCCAGCCUUCCUCUGCAAACACUGCCCUAAAGAGUACACCAGCUUGGGGGCUCUGAAGAUGCACAUCCGCUCACACACACUGCCCUGUGUGUGCACCACAUGUGGGAAGGCGUUCUCCAGGCCGUGGCUGCUGCGUGGCCACAUCCGAACACACACAGGUGAGCGUCCCUUUUCCUGCCCUCACUGCAACCGGGCCUUCGCUGACCGCUCCAACCUGCGGGCUCACCUGCAGACUCAUGCUGAGGUGAAAAAGUAUCAGUGUGGCAUCUGCUCUCGCACCUUCAGCCGCAUGUCUUUGCUGCAAAAGCACAGCUCCUCAGGAUGCUGCUCUCCCACAGUCUGAGACAGAGACACAGGGACCUGUUUGGGGUCCUUAGCGGUGGAGUAGAAGAGGUCUUUACUGGACCAGCUGUUUGAUGACCUAUACGACCUAAACGGCUGCAAAGAGCAUGAAAUGGCCUGCUUCAGGAGAUCAGGCGAGGACUGCGGAGGUGACUUUACAAGACUCUUACUUUUCCUCUUCCAUUUUCCAAAAACCUAGCUGUUGAGCAGUUACUUUGUCUUCCUUCAGUGGUACUGCCCCACAGUGCCAAUCCUUUGGUUUGAAAUUGUAUGGGUCAGCUAUAGUUAUUAGUUUGCCUUCACCAACAUAUGGACGCUUUUACCCAAAGCUCUAACGGAUCAUUGGACAACCCCUUUAGGAGCUCUCUGCUCUGGCUUGGAUUCUGCCUGUGCCAAAGACCAAACAUACUGAACACAUCAGGGUAAGAUGUGCUUUAUCCUGUCUCUGUGCCGGUGUCAGGCCAUUUAGUGUUUAGACCCAGACACAGCUGUUGAGAGGUAAGGGAGCGGCUGGACUAAAUCUCUCAGUAUGCCUCAAACACACACACACACCAAAGCAAACACAAACACAACUGUCCCCAGUACUGUCUCAUACAUAGAUGAGGUGCUAACAGGUGUUAAAGCCAUGACCUUCACCAGUUCAUAGCAGGUGACUUCCACUGCCCUUGGUUUGCUUAAGGAAACAGAAAAAUGAGGAACCAUGUCAUUAAAAAGGCAUGUUAGGAGUUUGUGGCCCGUCGGUAUCUUCAAGACUGUUUUGAAAACAUGCCUAACACCCACGAUCAGAUACGUUUCAGAUAUAGGACUGUACCUUCGCCACGUCUGUCUGUGUGUGUGUUUUUACGCCAAAGAAGCUUUAUUUUUGUUGUCCCACACUAUCGUAGGACGCAAAGCACAUGCACUCAAGGUUACUACAGUGUUAUUGCCAUUCAAAGCCAUAUUUUAUCAUUGAAAUGAGAAUGUGCCUUCAAAUUGUAGUCACUCAGAGAAAUAGUCAGUGUCUAGAUUUGUACUAUUUUACUUUUCUUUGGAUUGGAAUGCAUUCAGGAAACGACAACAAUCAAGACUAGUCGUCCGGGUGUGUUCACAUCGAAUGUAAUGCUAAUGUGUUGCGUAACUGAACCCAUUGAAAGUCUACGGUUUUAAAUGAAUGCAAUAGCUAUUCAAUGAAGGUAAAUCACUGCCUAAUAAACCGAGUACAAAAGUAAAUGCUAAUGUGGACAAUCAGUGACUCAGCCUUUGUCUUCAGCCAUAGUCGAUUGUCCUCUAUUGUAAAUAUAUAUGGACUUCAAGGAGUUACAAAAUUGAGCCUCAGACAUGAUGAACAGAAAUUGUACAAACUUGAUCCCGUGGUGCCUGACACACUGGCAGCAAUGUCGCAAUCCAUUUGUUUUGUUUUUUGUGUGAAGUCCCUUCAGUAAUUCCAGUGUCUCAGAGCCACACAGUCAUCGUACUAAUGUGUCUAUAUCCUUUGUGUUUGAUCACAAAUAUGGAAGAAAAAAAAACGUCUUCCUCAUUAAUAGUUCUUCCUUUGUUUACGAGUGUGGAAUGUGUCAAGCCUAUAUCCACCCGCUGCAGGAUUCAGUAUUACUUUAUGUUCAACAUGAGUCUCACGAGUCUGAAAGGAAGUUACAAAUAUUUGUGUUAAUUAAAAAAAACAGGAUUACUGUGUCGCUGUUCCCAAGAACUUUCUGCUUUCUCUCAGUUUUUCAGAGUCCGUUAACUCUGGCAAAAGUAAAACAGUGCAGUGACUACAACCUCUUUAGAAUUACUCAUCUGCAACACAAACAAUAACUUUAUUCAACGUAUUAAAUUCCAUGGUGUCAUGUCCAGUGCAUUGGGAAAACUAGGUCAUGAUCACAUCAGGUCUGGACAUCGUCAUGGAAGGGCCUGGACCAUGUCCCUGCUGUCUUCAGCUUUAGAUGUUUUUGAAACCAAAAAUGUGCCUUCUUACCUCACCUAUUUGUGGCUUCUUUUUUUAAAAAAAGAAUAAGUUAUUGCAGUAUUAUUAGAAGUUAGAACCAAACAGUUUGAAGAUAAAACUGGGACCAAUUACUUUCAAGUUUUUCGCCAUGAAGAUGUGGUUCUCUUGUAUGUGAUCAUAAUCCUAUAGAAUGACAAUACGAAGAUGAAUUCUUAUCUUUUAUGAAUAUUUUACGGCAGUGUUUUUAUAGUGCAAUGUGCUGACGAUGUGUUAUUUCCGAUUUGUACCAUUUUGCUUGUGUGUUAACUUUUAUUUCUUGUAUAUUGUACCUGAUGGGUUUUACAUUCAAUAAAGUAAUUUAUGUUUA